AUGGUAGAGGAGCUGGGUUUCAGGGAGACAUCAAGUGUGGAAAUGCUGCCCACGGAUGACUGCGACAGGCCCAGGGCCAGGCCCGGGCUGGAGGCCAGGAGCAGCCAUACGUGCUGGGCUCUCACCUGCUGCUUGGUGCUGCUCCCCAUCCUCGCGGGGCUAACCACCUACCUGCUCAUGGGCCAGCUCCGGGCCCACGGAGAGGUCUGCGCGCUCCAGACUUCAACAGCACAAGAGCUGGGACCAUCACAUCAGCGAGCUUACACACCUUUCAAAGCAGAUGGAGCCAAACCGAGGGCACACCUGACAGUUGUGAGACAAACGCCCACACAGAGCUUGAAAACCCCAUUCCCGGCUCUGCACUGGGAGCACGAACUUGGCUUGGCCUUCACCAAGAACCGGAUGAACUACACCAACAAAUUCCUGGUUAUCCCAGAGGCAGGAGACUACUUUGUUUACUCACAGAUCACAUUCCGAGGGACAACAUCUGAGUGUGGAGUGAUUGGCCUCCGGAGACAAGAAAGCAAGCCAGAUGCCAUCAUUGUGAGUGUCACCAAGGUAACAGACAGCUACCCUGAGCCCACCCAGCUCCUAACGGGAACCAAGUCUGUAUGUGAAAUAGGCAGCAGUUGGUUUCAACCUCUCUACCUGGGGGCCAUGUUCUCCUUGAAAGAAGGGGAUAAACUGAUGGUGAACGUCAGUGACAUCUCCUUGGUGGAUUACACAAAAGAAGAUAAAACUUUCUUCGGUGCCUUCUUACUGUAG